UGUCAUGUCAGUGUAACCCUCCGCUGCUGUGUCACUGAAGAUUUCACUCCUCGGAGAUACGCGCGGAGACUUGUUGCGCGUGGUGACAGGAAGCUGAUCCGGGAGAAAGGUCCAUGCAGGAGGGAGUGGCGCUGACCCUAAAGCUGCUGAGUGUGUGUUCGUGUGUGUGUCUGUGUGAGACGCUCGCAGCCUGAAGCAGUAAUCGGACGACUCUGUUUCUCACCGGGACCGGGUCUCCUGAGAUAGCGCUCAUGGGUUUCCUAAAAUGAGAAAGAAGAAGUAGUUUACACACUCUGUUGUGCUGCGGACCCUCACCCUGAAGAGAGAGAGCUCCUGCCGGGUCUCCCCCGUCUCUCCGGAGAACGUUUGAGUUAUUUUUUUAAAAGAAGAAGAUAUAAGAAGGGAUAAACACACAGGGAUUCAACCAGCAGUGCAGUCUAUGGAAAUGCAGGAUCUAGCCAGUCCUCACAGCAGAGUAAGUGGAAGCAGUGAAUCUCCUAAUGGUCCCAACCUCGACAACUCCCACAUCAAUAUCAAUUCCAUGACACCCAAUGGCACUGAAGGUGAUAACAUCACAAUGCUUACCACUGCAGACUGGUUGUUAGGGUCUAACUCACAGUCCGCUGCAGUUAAAGCCGAGCCAAUGAGCAGCAGCGAAAUAGCCACCUCAGUAGCAGACACCUCUCUAGACAGCUUCUCAGGAUCAGCUAUUGGAACCAGUGGCUUCAGCCCAAGACAAACUCACCAGUUCUCUCCGCAGAUCUACCCCUCCAACAGAACAUAUCCGCAUAUUCUUCCUACUCCUUCAUCCCAAAAUAUGGCUGCGUACGGGCAGACGCAGUACACCACAGGAAUGCAGCAGGCCGCAGCGUAUGCUAGCUACCCCCAGCCCGGACAGCCUUAUGGCAUCCCGGCUUAUGGCAUAAAGACAGAGGGGGGUCUGACCCAGUCCCAGUCCCCGGGACAGACGGGCUUCCUCAGCUACAGCUCCGGGUUCACCACGCCGCAGACUGGACAGGCCCCCUACAGCUACCAGAUGCAGGGUGGCACCUUCACAACAACGUCAGGCUUGUACCCGGGAAACAACUCCCUGACAAACUCGAGCGGCUUCAACAGCACGCAGCAGGACUACGCCAGCUACCCGGCCUUCGGUCAGGGUCAGUACGCUCAGUAUUACAACAGCUCUCCGUACACCUCGCCCUACAUGACGAGUAACAACACCAGCCCCAGCACGCCCUCCACCACCACCACCUACACCCUGCAGGAGCCCCCCAGCGGCAUCACCAGCCAGCCCGUCCCAGAGAACCCUGCAGUAGAGUACAGUACCAUCCACAGUCCAUCUACCCCCAUUAAAGAUUCAGAUUCGGAUCGAUUGCGCCGGGCCUCGGAUGGAAAGUCACGUGGUCGGGGGAGAAGGAACAACAACCCCUCCCCGCCGCCCGACUCCGACCUUGAGCGGGUGUUCAUCUGGGACCUGGACGAGACCAUCAUCGUUUUCCAUUCCUUGCUGACUGGUUCCUACGCCAACAGAUAUGGACGGGAUCCGCCCACGUCUGUGUCAUUAGGCCUGAGGAUGGAGGAGAUGAUCUUCAACCUGGCCGACACACACCUCUUCUUCAACGACCUUGAGGAGUGUGACCAGGUACAUAUCGACGACGUGUCCUCCGACGAUAACGGCCAGGAUCUGAGUACGUAUAACUUUGGCGCUGAUGGUUUCCAUGCAGCAGCCACCAGCGCCAAUCUAUGUCUGGCCACGGGCGUGCGGGGGGGCGUGGACUGGAUGAGAAAACUGGCCUUCCGCUACAGAAGAGUAAAAGAAAUCUACACCACCUACAAAAAUAAUGUCGGAGGUCUGCUGGGCCCGGCCAAAAGGGAAGCCUGGUUGCAAUUGCGAGCAGAAAUUGAAGCCUUGACGGACUCCUGGUUAACACUGGCACUGAAAGCACUAACAUUAAUCCACUCAAGGUCAAACUGUGUGAACAUCCUGGUCACCACCACGCAGCUCAUCCCGGCGCUCGCCAAGGUCCUGCUCUACGGCCUGGGGAUCGUCUUCCCCAUCGAGAAUAUUUAUAGUGCAACCAAAAUAGGGAAGGAGAGCUGCUUCGAGAGAGUCAUCCAGCGGUUCGGGAGGAAAGUUGUUUACAUUGUCGUCGGAGAUGGUGUGGAAGAGGAGCAAGGCUCGAAAAAGCACAACAUGCCCUUCUGGAGGAUCUCCAGCCACUCAGACCUCAUGGCCCUGCACCACGCUCUGGACCUGGAGUACUUGUAGCACUGCGGACCCUCUCUCCACCACCACCAUCCUUGCAGCCCCCCCCCCGUACAUCUGGAGAGGAGACGAGGUGAUGGUGGAUGUGCUGACACGUGGUCACACUUUGUCUUAACCCUGAACUCUUGUGUUUUUUUCGUUGUUCCUCUGGAGGCGAGGUGGAUUUACAGCGCUGCAGCUGCUCGCCCCGGUUACUGUGAACGGGUCGCUCUCUGAAGCUGUCCCAGUGUUUUACGGCCCCCUGUUUGUGCCGGGACUCUGUCAGGGUUCACACCUGUGAGGAGGGCUACUGACGGCCUCCACACUAAAGUACAGCAAAGACUACUGCUGGAGGCGUCCCCCCCCCCCGUCCCUCCGUCUUCCGGCUCCUCGCCGCCAUCUCGUUCUGUCUCUCCUCGACGAGUCCCGAGCUGGUUAUUUAUGGGGGGACACUUUGUGAGGGAAGGUACCUCGAAAGACUUUUUGCAAAGUACCCACAGCGAGGAAGGAAAAUCUAAAAGGGGGUUUUCUAAUAAUUUAAGAAAACUUUAUUUACAAUGCUGAGACAAUCGUGUAUAGAGGAACUCUCUUUGUGUGUGUAAGUUUGUAAUCACUGGACUAUUCCUUCCUAUAUUCAUUUAGGUAUGAAAGGUGGCGAUGCUUUUUCAUUGACGUUUAAAAAAUAUUAAAAUAAAAAGGCAUCCGGGGGAGGAGGCGGAGCCUGCGAGUGUUGAUGUGUUCACAUGUUGCUCCGUAAAAGAUGUGUAUUUGUGAUGAACCGUUCUGUCACGACCAAACGCAUGGCUGUCGAGACAUUUCAUUUAGUCAUUUCAGCAAAGUCAUUUCAGCAGCUUGCAGCCCCCCCCCCCCCGUUCAUGGUAAAUGUCCUGCCUCCUGGGAGCCACUCAACAACACAUUUGAGAUUUGAAAAAGCAGGCUUGAAUAGGUUUUAUUAUAUUUUAUACAAGCGCUAUAACAACUCUUGUACAGCGAGCGUCAUUUUGUAUGAUGCAGUGUUUUUAUUUUACAUUCUGUGUCCCUCACGAUGCUUCUUCUUCUUCUUCUUCUUCUUCUUCUUCUUCUUUCUUCUUCUUCUUCUUCUUCUUCUUCUGUGGUGUCGAGAGAAAAUCCACUAACCCUGGGAGGCGUGUGAACAAACAGGACAUGUGCUGUCGACUGUGAAUUUCUUAAAGGGGAACACACUCGCUGUGUUUCUGACCUUUCCUCCUUUGCACAUGAUCACUGUUGGCCUUUACAUUUCACUCUGGACCCCCCUCACCCCCCUGUCUUCUCCACACAUCUACAUAUUGCUGCUAGAUCAAGGUAAUGGUAGGUAAACUAGAGGAACAGUUUUUUAGAUUCAUACCGCACGCUUUUUUUUAUUAUGUUGCAAUCAUAAUGCAAACUGGAAACUCUUCAUGGGCGUCGUUGUGAAACGCAAAAGAUUGUUGUGUCUGCAAAAUAUGUGUACAGAUGUUUUUGACAUUAUUAUUUGAUUGUGUUUAAAUUAAUAAAACUGAUUUGUGAACUGUUA